AUGCCGACAUAUGCUGACUCUUUCGUCUCCGACAUCGACACCCUUUCUAUACUCAGCGGGAUAUCUGGCACCCGUGCGUAUGGACCGAGGAAACGCGCAGAUAAUGACUCGUCCAGUGUUCUGGGACAACCCGUCAGUCGGCGAAAAACGUACGGUCUCAACUCGCGUUUUGACCGCAUGAUGGACACGGUCAAUGUCCUACACACGCAUUCCAAACCCCGCUCCAGUCGCCGUCGCGCUGUGUCUUCUUCCUCUGGGACUAGUUAUGACCUGCCGCAGACGCCGGUUGGCGCAUAUAGCGACCUCAGUGAAGGCAGGCUUGGUCAAGGAUUCUCUGUGCUCAAGAUGAAGACGUCUGUGGAAAGGAUGGAGGGAUUCUAUGACGAGCGUCAUGCGAACGGCGACGGAGAAGUCAAAGUGGGCGCUACUAGAAGAUCCCGCCCUCCGCUACCUCCAUGGCUUUGCAACACGGUCUUGUCCCUCGAUGUUCACCAUCCUCUGCGCGUCCUCCUACCAUCUAUCGUCACGGAUGGUGUCCAGGGCUCUAGCUCUCCGCUGACUGUCAAUCAUCAUAACGACUUCCCUCCAGUUCCUUUGCUCCAAAAUGCUGAACCUGAUGAACCUGUUUUCGCAUUCUAUCCACCUCGAGCAGGGUUUGAAAUGCCCCCUCCACGUCCAAUGACUCGGGUCAUUGGGGUUGACAAUGCGGCGAAUGAACAAGAUGACCACGCUUUCCCCUUGGCUGCGGUAACGCAAGAAGGAAUACUCGACGUUGCUCAGUCUCCUGCCGAAGAAUCUUGGGUAGCUUCUCUGUUAGCAGACGAAGGUCUGUCUGGAGCUACCGAUCCCCUACCAUUCUCAACAGCAGGUCCCACUGUUCUUCUUUCUUCUAUAUCGCCCACGCAGUCUUCCGUUCCUGUCGCCGUCCGCCCUACACCUCGAUCACAUUCAAAUGUUCUCGAUCCUGCUCACUUUGAUGCUUCCAUCCCAGAUGAGGCUCUUGACUUACUUCCGUACUCUAAGCCUGGCCCGCUCGUUCCGCUCCGCUCGUUCCACCCAAACACACGAAUUCCGGCUAUGCUGCCAUCUCCCACAAUUUCUUGUCCACAUAUUGACGAUUCGCUCUCUCCUGUUAUGCCGAUUGAAACUCGAAGAAAUAAUCCAGAAACGCAUACUCACUCGCGCUCUCGCUUGCAACACACGAAACGUGAUUACGCUCAGGCAUUCGAGGGAGAAGCCACUCCACAACUGAUCUUACGGCGACCUAUCCCCAAAUCACGUUCCAACUCUUCCCUCGAUUUCAGCGAUAGUCCGAAACUGAACCAUACGGGCUUGCACUCAGCGCUGGGGCGCCAGCCUACUCUUGUUCUGAAGCCUGAGCCUACACCUCGUAUCAAACCAUACUCCAUUCCUGGACCGGCCCACGGGCACAGGCCUCCAAGCGUCUCGCCCAAGAGAGUGUACUUCGAGGCGCCAGCUGAGGACCCGUGCUCUUCCGACCCUGUGGAAGAGGACGACUACAUGCUUGCUCUGGACUACCGUAAUGGUGAUGUGGAUGUUGACGUUGAGGCCUUGGACUUCAAAUGGGAGAAGUUCGACCCAGGCGCUGAAGUGAAGAGCGUCAGUCACAAUGUACCCGAGGAAAGACACUAUGACUCAGACGACAACGUUUUCUCCUUCGCGUUCAGUUCCGACUCCAACUCCCAUAUGCUGGCCACUCCGCCUCUACCAACUGCUGAUGAUACAUCUCAUAUUCUGGAUGAAGCGCAGCAUGCCACUGUUGUAUAUGGUGAUGAAGAUGACGAGCUCUACUGGAACGAAGUCACUGCUUGGUCGGAUGCGCACGGUGAGCACUCUCGUACACCACCUGGUGAUUCGGAUAAUCCUGGUGGUCACACUGGGGAGGAAGAAAUAAUUCAAGCGUCCUCGUCGUUGUCGACGCCGCCACGAGGACCGUCCUUUGCUCCAGCACCUGGUAUCUUCAUAUCACCUCUACGAGGGGGACAAGAAGCACAACAAGAACAAGAACAGGAAGAACAACAAGACGACGGACCGGCACGUAAGGUCGACGAAAUGGAAAACGAGACCCGGGAUAUAACAACAGAUCAGGACGCGAAAACAUCUGAGAACCCAGUCCUAAGCAGAGCAACGGUCACACCGGUCAGAGGCUACAUGCCAGAUGACAUUGGCAGUCCUAAUCGUCUCCAGGCAGAAAAUGGAGCCAAUCGGGCAGGAAUAGCGGAAGAGCAAGAUGGUGCAGUGAGUACACACGAAGUCGGAGUUGACGCCUACGAGGAUGUGCAAGCGUUGGAAUUAGACUCGUCGCAAAUGACGAACGAUAGCAUUGAGUCUUGGACAGAGGCAGAGAAGAAUGAUUCAGAGGGUUAG